AUACACUCCAAAUACGUAUAAAAAUACGGCAUCGGAUAAGCAACAAGCCACUCUGUUCUCUAUAUAUCCCUAGAUUCAUGCCUUAAAGAAUAAAAACCUCUAUUAAUAAUAAUAGUUUUCUUUUCUUUUUCUCUUUUUCUUUCCUUUCCGUCGGUGUUCAGAUCUUGCAGUUUCUACACUCUUCAUAAGGACGUUUCACUUUGUUUUUUUUUCUAAAAAAUAUAUUUAUUUUCAAUAAUUUUGGGUCUUGUUUCAAGAAGGGAAAAGGAGGAGUGUUUUGGGUUUUUAGUUAAGUUUAUGAGGACUUGAAGGGAAAGGAAAAAGAAGAAGGAAAAAAAAUGGCAGAAGAGUUGUUAACAAAGAGUGUAUUUGGGAGCUGCUUUGUUAUGGUAGUUGAAUCAAAAUUGCUGUGGUAAAGAAAAAAAAAAAGCAAGAAGGAAAAGAUUGUAUGAAGGAUUUAGUUUGGAUUUUUUUAUGUUGGAGAAAUCAGUGGGAUUAUGGACUUGUGAUCCGGAGUCGGGGGAGAUGGGGCAAAUGUGGUUGAUUUCUUAGAUUUCUUCACUUUGUAUAUUCAACUGCUUCUUUUCUGUUCAUUGGGAUUAAAUUUGGAUUUUUUUUUCACAAAAUGCAGCAAGAUCACCGAAAGAAGAGUUCAACAGAGAUGGAUUUUUUCACUGAAUAUGGUGAUGCGAAUAAAUAUAAGAUUCAAGAAGUUAUAGGAAAAGGAAGUUACGGUGUUGUGUGCUCAGCUAUUGACACCCAUACUGGUGAAAAAGUGGCGAUAAAGAAAAUACAUGAUAUUUUUGAGCAUGUUUCUGAUGCUGCCCGAAUUCUUCGCGAGAUAAAGCUGCUCAGACUUCUUCGGCAUCCUGAUAUUGUUGAGAUUAAACACAUUAUGCUGCCUCCUUCGCGAAGAGACUUCAAGGAUAUUUAUGUUGUUUUUGAGCUCAUGGAGUCAGAUCUUCAUCAAGUUAUUAAAGCUAAUGAUGAUUUGACUAGAGAACACUACCAGUUUUUUCUUUACCAGCUACUUCGUGCACUGAAGUAUAUUCAUACUGCAAAUGUCUACCAUCGAGAUUUAAAACCAAAGAAUAUUUUGGCAAAUGCAAACUGCAAACUUAAGAUAUGUGAUUUCGGUUUAGCUAGAGUUGCAUUCAAUGAUACACCUACGACAAUAUUCUGGACGGAUUAUGUUGCUACAAGAUGGUAUAGAGCUCCAGAGCUUUGUGGAUCCUUUUUCUCUAAGUAUACACCUGCAAUUGAUAUAUGGAGUAUAGGGUGCAUCUUUGCUGAGGUAUUAACUGGGAAGCCACUUUUUCCUGGGAAAAAUGUUGUUCACCAGCUGGAUUUGAUAACUGAUUUGCUUGGUACACCCUCGUUAGAUACCAUCUCUUGGGUUCGAAAUGAGAAGGCAAGAAGAUACUUAACAAGCAUGAGAAAAAAGCAACCAGUUCCUUUUGAACAAAAAUUUCCAAAUGCAGAUCCAUUGGCCCUACGCCUACUGCAAAGGUUGCUUGCCUUUGAUCCAAAAGACCGGCCAACUGCUGAAGAGGCCCUUGCCGAUCCUUACUUUAAGGGACUGGCAAAAGUUGAGAGAGAGCCUUCCUGUCAGCCAAUUACAAAGAUGGAGUUUGAAUUUGAGAGGCGUAGGGUCACAAAGGAGGAUAUACGGGAGCUAAUUUUCUGUGAGAUACUCGAAUACCAUCCUCAGCUGCUUAAAGACCAUAUGAAUGGAACUGAGAGGACAAACUUUCUCUAUCCAAGUGCGGUUGAUCAAUUCAGAAAGCAGUUUGCUCAUCUUGAGGAAAAUGGUGGUAAAAAUGGGCAGGUUAUUCCACUUGAAAGACAGCAUGUCUCUCUUCCCAGGUCAACAAUUGUACAUGCUAAUACAAUUCCCCUCAAAGAGCAACCAAGCUUCAACUCCUUAAAAGAUAAGCAAAAUUCAGAAGAGGCAUACAGCAAAAGUUCCAGGGAAACUGAAGCUGUUCCUGUGCAUUUAUCAAGAACCUUGCAGGCACAACAAAGAAUUCCACUAGCCAAACCUGGAAAGGUAGUAGGCCCUGUUGGGCUUUAUGAGAAUGGAACUAUCAUGAAAGAUGCCUAUGAUCCAAGAACAUUCACAAGAAGUGCAGUUCUUCCACCCCAGGCUGUACACCCUGGAUAUUCUUAUCACAAAUCUAGCGCAGCAAAGCAAGAAAGAUUGACAAUGGGGUCUGAAAGGGAGUUGCCCUCUCAAAAUAAACAAGUUCCCCAAUGCGGCAUGGCAGCCAAAUUCGCACCAGAUAUAGCUAUCAAUAUCGACUCAAACCCGUUUUUCAUGACCAGAGUGAACAAUGCGGAACCUGCUGAUGACAGAGUUACCAUUGAUACGAACUUGUUGCAGGCGAAAGCUCAUUAUGGUGGUAUAGGUGUUGCUGCAACUGCCACUACUCAUAGGAAGAUUGGAACUGUUCAGUAUGGCAUGACAAGGAUGUAUUAGCGAAGGAUUAAGAAGCUAUAAAGUAACAGAUCCUUUUGCAGAGAGGGAAAAUUUCAGAGAGAUUUGUUUAGUUGAAUCUGUAAAAAGGGAGCUAGCAUUCUCAGGGAACGAUAGGCUCUAAUUAAGUUUGGUAAUGUGAAACUACAUGUCUAUGAAAUCAUACAUUUAAUUUUAUAGGAAAAAAUAACUCUCUCCUCCAGCCUAUAUCUUUUUGUUUUUAUUCUGAUUCCAUCACAUUCUAAGGGGAGAAAUUAUUUCAGUGAAAAUUUUUAAUUUUAUAAUUAGGGUUUUACUUAAGAGAUUGACAUGUAAUUGUUUUUCAAUUAAUUUAUUUUUAAUAGAUUUUAAGAUGUAUGUAUCAUUCUAUUAGUAGAAUUUAAAAAAUCCACUAUUAAUGUUAAUGUGGUUGAUAAUUUCUCCUGGACGUGUGAUCCUUGUAAUGGGAUUAUUCUGGUCAAAU